AUGGCGACGCUCUCAGCCAUCCAUGGUGGCCGCGGCGCGAACGCUUCGCAGCAGCCGGCCAGCGGCGCGCACCAGCAGCAGCCAGAGCAGCGUGGCACAGAGAUUGGCACCAGUGCACAGCAGCAGGUGGCCACCACUGGCGCGGAGCUGCCCUCGCUGCCGGGCAUGCGCCAGCUGCCGCCGCUGCGCAUCAACCGCGCGCCGGCGUCCGGGUCUGCCGCAAACGACGCGACGCCGGGCGACGGCGUGCCUGCCCCCGCGGCCGCGGCGCCGCCACCCGCUGGCCCGCAGGCGAUGCACAAGCUGCAGCUGCCGCGCCCAAAACACGCUGCAAAAACGAGCGCGAGCGCUGGCGGCGGCGAGGAGCCCUUGUCGCCACAGGGCAGCUUCCACAGCUGCCUGUCGCGCGCACCCAGCUGCCAGCCAGGAGGCGGCGCCAGCGGCGGCGCCGCCUGUGGCGGCAUCAAUGAGGUUGACGGCCAGCGGGAGACAGCGGCCCGGGGUCACCCUAGUGACGCAUGGCAGGAGCGGUACGACGAGCUCGAGCAGCUUGGGAGCAGCUACCUGACGCCACGCGCGUCGCUCGUCCUCGCCGCCGGCGCGCAGCAGGGCCAGCCCGGGGCGCCGGAGGGCGGGCCGGCCGGCCCGGCAGAGGGGCGGAGGGGAAGCCGGGCGGAAGCUGCGGAGCAGGGGUCGGCGGCGCACGUGCCGCUGGUCGAGAUCCGCCUGCCGAGCGGCGGCGAGCGCAGGGGCGCGGGCGCCGGCAAGGGCAAGAAGCAAGUGCUGUUCACAACAGACUCGCUGGAUGCGACGGCGUUGCCGGCCGGGCCCUUCUGCGGCCUCUUUCGGCGUGGCGGCCGCGCAAGGGCGAAGCACAUGCGUGGCACGGCAAGCAAGGGCGCGAAAGCGCCAGCCGGGUCUGCCGCGGCCGGGUGGUGGCAUGGCCGCGCCGGCGCUGGUGCAAUGCGCUCUUGA